CUACUAGCGUCAUAUGAUCACGCACCCAACGUCACCGCUGCUGUCCUAAUCUUGGUUUCCGGUGUUAUGGCCGCUUGCUGAGAAGGGUGACAGUAAUGUGGGAUAUUUGUAAUUGACCGCGUGUGUUUAGGAUGGCGGUGACACAGAUGUUUCGACAGUUUAUUUGUCGGACGGCAGCUCCUGCGACGUUUCGCACGCAUAGGAGGUACAGCAAGGUGUGCCCAGCUUCAUCUGAGCAACUGCGAGUCUUUGAAUCCUUCAGGGAAAAACAAAGCAAUAAGAGGACAGUUGAAGCUCCAGGAAUUCGCCUCAGUAUCCGACUGGCUGAUGGCCGGACAGUAAGGGGGACAGCUGGGGUCACCACACCUCUCUUUGUUGCUCAGAGUGUCUGUGCGAAAGGUGCACUGGUCAGUAAGGUGAAUGGAGAGUUGUGGGAGCUUGGACGGCCCCUAGAGGCAGACUGCGAACUACAACUUCUGGGGUUUGACACCUUUGAGGGAAGACAGGCGGCAUGGAGGACAGGAGCAUGCGUCCUGGGCGGAGUGUUGGAGAAGGUAUUUGGUGCAGAGGUAUGCAGAGAAGGAGCGUCAGAGCUCGGGCUUUACUGCGACCAUCUGCUGGACAACAGUGCCUUGUCUCUGAGUGAUGUGGAGGAUAGAUGUAAACAAGCUGCAGCCCUCAAACUUCCUCUGUCUAGACUGGAGCUGAAUACAGAAGAAGUCCGAGAGCUCUUCCAGAACAGUAAACUAAGAAUGCAGCUUGUUGAGGAGCAGAUGAAUGGCCACACCAUCACAGUAUACAGUUGUGGGAACAGUAUAGCGGUCUGCGAUGGCCCCCUCCUCCCACACACUGGCCUCCUCAAGGUCUUCAAGACAAUCCAGCUGUACGCCCGUGAUCGAGGCAUCAGACAGAGUCCUCGAGGUUUGAUGCUCUUUAAAGCAGUGAACGGGCCACAGACCAUCGGACAAUGUUUUUUCUGUCAUAAUGCCAUGUGUUCACAUUUUUGCACAGACCAGGAGUUAUUCUUCUUUACUAGUAAGUCCAUAGGCAGCUGCUUUUUCCUUCGAAAGACUCAUAACAUCUAUCACACAUCCUUCCUUCCUGACGUCUUGUAGAGUGAAUACCGAAGGCGAGGCUUCAACGAGGUUGUGACCCCAACCCUGUACAGCACUGCAUUGUGGGAGCGCUCGGGCCACUGGGAACACUACAGCGAGAACAUGUUCACUGUGACAUCAGAGGGCUCUCAGACCUACGCACUCAAACCCAUGAACUGUCCUGCGCACUGUCUUAUGUUUGAGCAGCGUGUUCGCUCGUGGAGGGAGCUUCCUCUGCGAUGGGCUGACUUUGGGGCGCUGCAUCGAAAUGAGCUCUCCGGAGCGCUGGGAGGUCUCACUCGUGUUCGAAGGUUCUGCCAGGACGAUGCUCACAUCUUCUGCACACCUGAGCAGCUGGAAGAAGAGAUUGUGGCAUGCUUGGAUUUUGUGAAGAGUGUGUAUCAAGUUUUUGGGUUUUCCUUCCACUGCCUCCUGUCUACACGUCCUACACCAUGCCUCGGGGAGCCUGAACAAUGGGAUAAUGCUGAGCAGUCUCAUUCGCAGAUUGGAGGAAUUCUUAUCACAUGCAGUUGGAAGGAGUCUGCAGCCUUUGGAAUGUUGGAGUUAAACCCAGGAGACGGCGCCUUCUAUGGACCAAAGAUUGACAUCCAGAUCAGAGAUGCUAUUGGCAGACAACACCAGUGUGCCACAAUCCAGUUGGACUUCCAGCUGCCGAUCAGAUUUGAUCUUCAGUAUGUCGGUCGGGACGGACAGUUGCACAGGCCAGUGAUGAUCCACAGGGCAGUACUGGGAUCACUGGAGAGAAUGAUCGCUAUACUGGCUGAAAACUUUGGAGGGAAAUGGCCACUGUGGUUGUCCCCAGCGCAGGUCAUGGUAAUUCCUAUUGGGGGCAACAGUGAGUCAUACAGCAAACAGGUGUUCCGGCAGUUGUGUGAAGCUGGCUUCAUGGCAAAUUUGAACGAUGAUCAGGGAGCAACCUUAAAUAAGAAGAUUCGCUCUGCUCAGCUGGCCCAGUACAACUACAUAUUUGUGGUGGGGGAUAAGGAGAGUCAGAGUGGAACAGUAAAUGUGAGAAGCAGAGGCGGUAAACAGCUUGGGAGGAGGCCGACAGAGGAGGUGCUGACAUCCCUUACCCAGCUACGAGACACCAGGAGCAACCUAGACGAGUUUUAAUGGAAAAAGUCCUGGAAAUAAUGAGUCACGGAUGUAAUAAAUUUGUUUUGUUUUACGUUUUCAAGAUGUAAUACUUUGUCUGAAGAGAUGGCUGCUAAAAUUUGUAAUAAAGGUAUAUAAAAGAUUC